AUGGACACGCCAACUGUACCUGUGGAUCUUCGACAGCACAAAUACUGGGAUAAAGUUCAGACGGUCCCCGAUCACAUCAAGUAUUUGCUCAAACCUGAUUUAGAUUAUAGCGCAAAAAGGACUAAAAAAGAAGACCUUCGAGAUAUGAUGAAGCAUUUCGCAAUUGACCGAUCAAAAUACCCUACUAGCCAUAAGAAAGACAAGCUCCUCGAAACUUACAAGGACCUGCUACUUCCUGACCUUGAGCCUUUCAUUCCUAAGGUUGAUACUGAAGCCCAGGCGAGAAACGAGGAACGAAGCAAACAGGCCCCUUAUAUGACGCCGAGUUCUUCAUCAAUCGAAUCCCUCCGCAACGCUAUCCUCACUAAGAUCAAAGCGGUCUUUGUUCUCCGGGCCUUCACUAAACCUGCGCUUACCAGACUCUGGCGGCACGCGUUCUAUCCUCCAUCCGACGGCCGAUACGACUAUGUUGAAUUCUACAUGCGCCCACAUUGGUUCACCGAGGCGGAACUAGCUUCUAAGAGUCGCGACGUCAUCCGGCAUGCUUUGCAAUGCGAGCAUCCUGACUUAUUCAUACCUCUUGUGGCGUGUACUGAACCUAUUUUACGUGCGCUCUAUGCAAAAUUUAUGCUCGACAAACAUGACCUGGAUAGCCAGCUUUGUUACGGGGUACACUACUUUAUCAUUGAGCCACCUCUUCUUAAGGUCAACAUCGAUAACACCAUGGACGAGGGGUCUGAGGCUGGGCCAAGCAAGGAUACAUACCGACAAUUCGACGAGAAUUUCAAAGCACAAGCAAAGACUAUGCCCGUACACGAUUUAGGAUGCGCGCCCGCUCUCGGCGAGCCCGAGCAAAUCAAAGUUCACCACUACAAUAGCCAGGGUCACAUCGUGUUUAGCCCCGAUGGACAUGGACCUGGAUACAUGCAGGGUGUCUGUAUACUCCGGAAAUUGUCCGACAAUCAAGCUGCCCCUCGAAUCCAGGACGACGUCCCCUUACCUCUAGAUUUCAGAACUAAUGCCUUGGAAGGCCUGAACACCAUGCUGAAAGAAGUCGAUGCCCUGACAAGCGUGAUCAUUAUGACUCCCGAUGGUUCUGGCUACCUCGGUGGGGUACAUAUACCCCGAAAUCAACUCACGAUGGUUGACGGUAAACCGAACCUCUUGUUCGAUCAAAUGAUUUACACCCAGAAACCCAACUUUCAAAAUAUGUCGAUGCGGGAACUCGCGGAGUGGCGCCUCGGGGUCACGAUUCAAGCUCCCAAGACUGCUGUUCAGUUCAACCGGGUGUUCAACUUGAAACGCGACGACGAGGGUUACAGUAAUAGCACGUAUCCGGUUCCUUUCGCGGGCGAUAUGUCCAAUGACCUGGAGGAGAAGAUUAUUAGCUUAGAAUACAACAACAUCUUCAUACAACAUUGCCUUCGACUCGCAGAACAAGCCGCCGACCACGGUCACGUAGCCCUUGCUCCAACCUUAUCGGAGUUGCACGGUAUUCACUUGAGGGAACCCACUCUUUCACUGGCCUCUUCCCACGCUCACGCGAAAGUCGGAUCUCAUGACACAAUCCAAAGUCCCUGCCUGAAAUCCAAGGGUUUGAAAAGCAUACACUCGGCUGAGGGUUCACCCGUCAACACAAACCUAACCGGCUCUGCACAAACUCCGAAGGACUGUAGAAAACGUCAAGCUCAUCCCGCUCCAGCCCGCGAAUCAACAAAGCGUCAACGUACUGCUUCAGAACCAAAGCUACCAGGUGAUUCCCAAAAGAGUCAUCCAUUCUUAUAG